AUGACGAAUAAUAAUAUGAACAGCCCACGGAGCCGUCCAGAAAUAUUUUCAUUGCUGGCAGUAACGGCGAUCGUCGCCGUGCUCGUCCAUCAGCCCGCGACCGUCUACUGCGCCGACGGCGGAAUCUAUCCUUCGCAGCAGCAAAAGCAGCAACAGCAGCAACAGCAAGCGAUGAUGUUCACCGCGCCAUCGGGCUACUACGUGUCCACGUACGACCACAUAGACGUGGGCCAUUUGCUGCGAAACCAAAAGUUGGUGCCAGGCUUGCUCAAGUGUUUCCUCAACGAGGGACCUUGCACGGCGGACGGCAAACUAGUUAAAGCCUACCUUUUGCCCGAGAUUGUACGUACCGUAUGUGGAAAAUGCAACCCAAGGCAAAAGGACAUGGCCCGGACAGUGUUAAGACACAUUUACACGUACAGGCGAGCGGAUUUCGACAAGUUCAUGCAAAUUUACGACACGGAUAACAAGAAAAAUGAGAUCAUACUUUUCAUGAACCAAUAA